ACGGCUCAGCGCGCCGCUCUGGCCGCCUACACACGGCCGUGGCACCGCUGGAGCCUCAGAUAGUGGUUCUUUAAACCGCAGCAGAGGAGUUGGAGCGGGGCGUGGCUUGUGCUCCGCCCCGGUCCCUCCUGCUCUGCUCCAGGCUCUGCUCCGGGCUGCUCUCCGUUCACUAAAGUUCACGUUGCUCCGGAGGAACAGCUGCAGUCUCCGUCCGUUCAUGGCGUCCCUCCUCGCGCUCGCGGUGGCCGCGCUGGCCGCGUUCGUGAUCGCGCGUCCCUUGGCGGUGCGCGCCGCCGCCUGUGAGCCCGUGCGCAUUCCGCUGUGCCGCGCUAUGCCCUGGAACAUGACCAAGAUGCCCAACCACCUGCACCACAGCACGCAGGACAACGCCGUGCUGGCUAUCGAGCAGUUCGAGGGGCUGCUGGGCACUGGGUGCAGUCCAGACCUGCUGUUCUUCCUGUGUGCCAUGUACGCUCCCAUCUGCACCAUCGACUUCCAGCAUGAGCCCAUAAAGCCGUGUAAGGCGGUGUGCGAGCGCGCCAAGGCUGGCUGUGAGCCCGUCAUGAGGCGUUACAACCACAGCUGGCCUGACAGCCUGAGCUGUGCUGAGCUGCCCCUGUACGAGCGCGGAGUGUGCAUCUCCCCCGAAGCCAUCGUCAAGGCUGACAGCUCAGACUCGUACUAUCAGGACCCAGCUCGCUGCAAUCCAGAGACCAGUCCGGACUUCCCUCUGGACUCCAAGAACCUGCGCUGCAGAGGCCCGAGCUCAGAACGCUGCAAGUGUAAAAAUGUGCGCAUGGGACAGAAAACCUACCUGAAGAACAACUACAACUACGUGAUCCGUGCUCGCGUGCGGGAGGUGAGGAACCGCGGCCUGGAGCCCACAGCGGUGGUGGAGGUGCGAGAGGUGCUCAAGUCUUCACUGGUGAACAUCCCCCGAGAGACCCACACCCUGUACUACUCAUCAUCCUGUCUGUGCCCCCCCCUCACGCCCGGCCAAGAGUACCUCAUCAUGGGCUACGAGAGCGAGGAGAGGUCCAGGUUGCUGCUCAUCGAUGGCUCCAUCGCUCAGAAAUGGAAGGAUAAAAUGUCCAAAAAGAUCAAGAGAUGGAACCAGAUCCUUCAGGAGGGAGGAGCAGCUCGACCAGGCCAUGCCCACUGACCUUGGACCCCGCCCCGGAUACACCCACAUUGCACUAUGAGGCUGUAGCUGAAUGUAGUUCUGCUCGGACCACAGACUGAAGAGGGAGGAUGUAAAUGGGUGGCUCCAAGUCCAGUCCUUAAAAGGAACAUAUAUUCAAGACCCCUAUAAUGGGCAUAUAGCAAUUUGCUAAUGCUAAUGCUAAUGCUUAAACUAUUGCCUGCACUGUGGGGCUCUGUGGAGGGUCCCCCUGCUCCAGUCUGAGGUCCGCCUUCUCUUGUCUUUGCACAUUAUACACAGGUGCCUUUCCAAACACUUUAUGAAUGUGGCUUUGUGUUUUGCUCUCAACAUUCUGAACUGUGAGCACAUGUCCAAUUAUCAAUCAGUGUUUUAUUUCCCCUUUUUUUGUGAGUGACUUCAUGGGACUGUACUGUUUUGUUUGCUCUGACUUGUAGACAGUGCAGUUGUUUGGAAUAGGCCAUGUUCACAUGACAUAACAUUAUACAGUGGGGUGGACAGUCGGUCACAUUUCACUGUAGACUUUGGUUAAUCAUGAUCCAUAUUUCGGUACUACCACAUGAAACAAAACAUGGCCCAACUUAACUGACAUCAAAUAGUAAAAUGUGGUGAAGCAACCCUAGUGCUGUUGGUUCAGACUGGUCCUUCACUCAGAUGUGAGGUGCUCCAGGCCUGCAGAGACAUGCUAGUGCUAGUGAGGCUUGUGCGUUUGUGCGUGUGCAUUUGUGCAGAAGCACAGCUGACUUCAUCCUGUUUGAGGCAGGUCUAAACAAACUCAGAGCUGUGUGAUGGGUUGGAGUCGGUUAAUAUUAGGGAUGCACCAAUCUAGCUUUUUCAGUUCCGAUACUGAUAUUAAUACUUUGGCUUUUGAUAUCUGUUGAUACUCCAACAAGGCAUUUAAUUCCCUCAAAACACAGUCGUCUUGGCCUACUACAAAAUUGUUCCAGUUGUGCUAUUUAUUCAACAAGUGUUGAAGAGCUUUACAUGAAAAGGUCAAACAUGAUGAGACAUUGCUAGUGAAUAGUCUUAUUGCAGCCAAUAAAAGGCCCAACCAGGAUAUUGGCUGAACGGAUAUCAUGGAACUGAUGCCUGGUUCAGCUCAUUUUGCUGAUAUUUGAUACCACUGUCUAUAAUGGUGCAUCCCUAGUUGAUACAAGUCACCUUUGGAUACAUUUGUUCCACUUAUUUCUGCACGGCCCCCUGGGUUUUGCUUCCCCCUGAUGCCUGGCACACCCAUCCUGGAAGUGACUUCCUAAAUGUUUGGCAUUUUGAUCCAGUGGCAAAUUAUUAUUAUUUGACAUCGUAAAUUAGAGUAUUAAUCUAAAACGAUUUCUGACUUCUGAAAACUGCAGUACCCAACACCGUAAACGUCAUCACAACAGAGCAUGCUGUCACCCUCACACUAGUAAACCGUGGAAUGACCACACAAUGCUGCCAAAUUCUAUGUGUGUCACUGAUCACACGACGCUGCCAGAUCCUGUGUGUAUCAGAGAUUAAAGGUUGUAUAGAGGAUUUUUUAAGGGAAGAGAGACAGUCCUUUUUCAAAUGUUGUGCAUGCGUGACACCACCUUCCUCCUCCACAGCUCCCUCAGUAGAAACAUCUCUUCCUGCCUCUUUACUCUAGAAAUCACGCUUGUUUACAGCCAGUGCGCGUUCAGAAUUACUGUUGAAGUUUCCUGUCUAGAAAUAAUUUGGUGACCAACGCGUCAGUUUUUAGACCCUUUGUCUGCUUCGGUCGCGCCAUCCCUGGAAGGAAUCUCCAAGAAUCACCUCAGUUUGACUUUGCUCCUUUUCCCCUUCUCUUCUUCUUUCAGCGACCUCAAAAACUGACUUUCUUUUGCGGCGAAUUGGUCGUGGAUUCUCGUCCGCUAUCUCAACAAAUUUUGUGCGAACUGCAAGGAAGCAACAGUUUGAAAAAGCCUCUAAGAACCGCUGCAUAAACCACGUAAUCCCCGCGCGCCAACGAGUCAGUUACACUAGAAACAUAGGGAGUUUGAUUGACAACCUAACAGCCAAUAGAAAAUGAGGUAGCCUUGUUAUCUAUUGGCUGAUGUUUAUCUGGCCUCACUACAUCCACAGUUGAUAGAUUUUCAUUCUUUUUUUUUUUUUUUUUGGUCAUCAUAAUUACAAAGCUGCUGCAUCUCUGUAAUGGUAAUUUAAACUUUCACUGACAAUUUGAAAAAAAAAAAAAAAAUCCUCCAUACAACCUUUAAGCAAAUUAAAUUGGACAACAGAGUAAGUACAGUAGAGUGGGUGUGCACUGGAGGCGGUAAAAAUGGAGGUUGAUUGUCAAAAUCACUCCAAAUACAACUUCAGAGGGUCAGUGAGAAGGGGGGAAAAUCUCUGAAAAUCCUGUUUUGCAGAAUGGGUUUGCUUUAAGACUAGGAUUAUUUUUAGGUUUGGGAACAGUUCAUGUGUUUAUGUUUAGGGCUUUGGGACAUUUAAGGUUAGUCCAUGAAAUGAAAUGCUGAACAUUUAGGGAGUCCCUGUCCUCGGUGGGGGUCAGGAGCACCUUUCACUGCCUCCUUUUCUCUUCACAUCAUAUUUGUAUUCAGAGCUUUAUUUUUAAUCUCUCUAAAAUCGCAUGUCUGUGCACUGUUAGUUCAUUGAGAGAAAGGCUUUAGUGAUCCAUAGUGUCCAAAGAAAACCAACCCAGCCUCGCAAACGUACACGACUGGACAAAACACUUCCUCAUUAAACCUGACUAAUCAGAGAGCUUCUUCAGCAGCAAAAUGAGACUGUGGAUCAGAUUUAGGGUUCAGGGAUCCAAUCCUGCUCUGGACCAGGUUACCAUGGUUACCGUGGCCUAGCUGCAUCUGUAAAAUUGUUUUGCCAUGUGGUUGUUUUUGUUCCCAUUUGAAGUUUUAAUCUGUCUCCAGUUCUUUCUUUUUCUUUUUUUUAAACAAAUAUUUAUUAUCAGGAACUUCUAUUUAAAGAAGAACAAUUUUACACCAACAGAAUGACUCAAUUUUGAUCCAGCCUAAAAUAAUGACACAAUAAAAAACUUGGCUAAAAUCUGA